AUGGAAUUCAAAACCGCCGUGGCAAGUCCUGCGCUGGCGGCGUCGCAGCUCUUUGAUAUUGUCGUGUUUGCGGGCGGGACGGCCGAUGGUCUCAGUCCACUGUGCAACAAUGAACCGAAGCCGAUGCUGCGCAUCUGCAAUCAGCCGAUGAUAUGGUACUGCCUCUACCCAUGGUACGCCGCCGGCUGUCGCACCUUCUUCGUCUCCGUCAACGAGGACUCCGCGGCGCUGCAGCGCUACCUCCGUCGCGAGUUCGCAGAUGUGGAGUUUGUCUUUGUGCUGGUGCCGUUCACGCAGAAUGAGGCGCCGUCAACCACCUGCGAUGCCGUGAAUGCGUACCUGAAGCACAAGGACUCUUUGCUGCCGAGUAAGUUGGGGCACGCGCGCGACGCGCUGCUGCUCAGCUGCGACACACUUCUCCCCGGACUGGACCCGGAGCCGUUUAUUCGCAACUUCUACUGUUCCGUGGCCUCCGUCUCGGUUCUUUUGUUUCGCCCGCUGAAAAGCGCCCGCGCCUCGGCGUCUGCGGAGGCGAAAGGUGGUGGCAAGGGGCACGGCGCGACUUUUUCCCCGAAGCCGUACACGUUUCGCUACACCUGUACCGCGUACGAGGAAAUAGACGAGGCCGUAAGCGGCGCCCCGGCGGCAAAUUCGGUGGAGGGCGGGGAGGCUGCCGCGGACGCCAGUGGCCCCUGCAGCUAUAGGCUACACCUCAUGUGCCCAUAUGAGGAGCGGCCGGAGCCGCACAUUAGCAUGGGCUUUGCCGGGCGGCGACCCAACCUCACCUUUGCCUCCGACACGAUGGACGCCCACGCCUACCUUGUGCGGCACUGGGCACUGCACGCCAUCGCGGAUUCCGCGGGGGAGGGGAAGUCGGUGCAGCGCGAUAGCAUCCCAUUUUUUGCCCGGAGCCAGCAUAGCACCGUGAAUGAGAACCAGUCCUUGUUUAUUCGUCCGGAGAGCAAGAUCAGGUAUAACAUCCCCAAACACUGGUUGUUUGAGCGAGACUGCUUCGUGAAUUUUCUUAAUGCCUCACCGGGAACCGCGCUGCCUGCAGAGGCGGAUAACCUUAUUGUCUGCUGCACCAUCUACGAUGAGCGGCCGGAGCAGUGCAUGCGUGUCUACCGUGUCAGGACGCGCGAGGAUUACAUUGCCGUGAACAAUGAAAUUCUGGCCGCCAAUUGCCACUUGCACGAAGCGAAUAAAACGCUGCGGCGGAGUGGCACCGGCAGCGGCUUCAAACAGCCACCCCCGCCGCCGUACCAACAACUGCGACUACGACCAACUCAUAAGCCCUCACACGAGCCUAUGGGUAAGAAAGCUGUUGAUGCCGCUCUGGGUGCUGCGCCAUUUCCUUUGUCUGCCAUGGCGCUCAGCAGCCUGGUACGGAAUUCCGCCUUCACCGUGCAGAAGAAGGAUUUCGUCAAGAAGAUUACUGUCAUCCACAGCUUUCUGCGCACCGCGCCCACGUGCAAGGCCACCAUUGCCCGUAGUAUCGUUGGCAACAACGUGACACUGGGGCCAGACGUGCACAUCGACAAUAGUAUCAUCCUGGACAAUGCCGAAAUCGGGGCAGGUGCGAUCAUCACCAACUCCGUGAUCGGUUCUUCCGCCAUGGUCAACGCUGGGGUGAAGGUGGUGAACUGCACGGUGGGCCCGCAGUGCCUCGUGGAGUCAGACGAAGCCGACCGUAUCAUUUGCGCAUAG